AUGAAAGAGGAAUCGAUAUUAAAUUUAAAUGUUCCAUUAAUCUUAGUUGGUGACAUUCAUGGACAAUUCAAAGAUUUAUUGAGGAUUUUUGAAAUUAACGGCUAUCCACCAACUGUGAAUAUUCAUUCGCAACAAUUAAUAUUUCCGCUUUCACAUACUUAUUAUGUCGACAAUUUAAUCUAUGGAUUUUAUGAUGAAUGUAGAUUAAGAUAUACGCUUGAAAUAUGGAAUUUAUUGCAAGCAAUCUUCAAUUGUUUACCAUUAUAUGCAAGGAUUAAUAAAAAUAUUUUGUAUGCAUGGAGGAAUAUCACCCGACAUUGUGUCAUGAAAUUCGCUAGUUAA